GACUGAGGCGGGUUCGAGAUUUCCUCUGUGUCAGCUCGUGUUUCUCACAAACAAAGACUUGAUUUUGUGCGUUAUGGGUCGCAGAAAGUCUAAAAGAAAACCUCCCCCAAAGAAGAAGAUGACUGGGGACCUGGAGUCUCAGUUCACUUGUCCUUUUUGUAACCACGAGAAGUCCUGUGAUGUGAAAAUGGAGCGGAGCAGGAAUACUGGGAUAAUCUCCUGUUCUGUCUGCCUGGAGGAGUUCCAAACCCCCAUUACGUAUCUAUCAGAGCCCGUUGACGUUUAUAGUGAUUGGAUUGAUGCCUGUGAAGCAGCAAACCAGUAAACCCCCUCAGACGCCCCGCUGACGCCACGGCCACGUCGACAGGGACUGGAGAAUCAUUCUGCUGUUUUAUGAGUUCUUUUAUUUGCUUUUCUGAUCAGUUCUCACUAUCAUGCACCGUCUUCAGCCCAAAUAGCAUCAUCUUCAUUUUCUAGUUUAGUUUUAAAAAUGAUUUGAGGUGUUUUUCUGAAGCACCGUGAGACGCAUUGAGCUUUGAGUCUUAGUUAGAUAGUUUGAAUGUUAUGUCUUGAAAUGAUUUGAGCUGUAAAUUCUGCUUUUUUUUCCUUUUAUAAAAUGAUGCGCAACACUCUAGAAGCUUAUGACGCAAUGCUGAAAUAAACAAGAUCAUGCAUUAGUAGUUUUAUAAUUGAAUUUUAGUGUAAUACAAUGAAAAGUAUCACAAGUGACGCGGAUGUUACAAUGUACAGAAUAAACAAAGCUUUAUAUUGUUAAAAAAUGCACAUCUCAGUCUCAGGUUUGCGUGUUUUUACCCAAGACUUGACCACAAAAUCGUUUACGUCUGUUAUGCUGUGUGUAGAAAAUGUUUAGACGACAAGUUUCACAAAUUAAACCAGUGUUUUACUUCCUGGAAAAAGUUUACAAUGUGAAUGUGAUGGAUGACAGAAGCAAUAAAUGUGUUUGCGUGUGUUAGAAA